AUUACGGAUCAUACUAACGAACGAGUUCAAAUGAAUCAGUGACUAGUUAAGUUUACGAACGAAUACGAAGAUAGCCUCCAAAAUGAGGAUCACAAUAUUCCUAUUUAUUGUUGGCGUCUGCUUAGUAAGCGCAAAAUAUCUGUCGUACCAAACAAAAGAAUCAAAUGAGUUAAUAAGGAUUAGAAGAUCGGACGACUCCGAUGACUCUUCAAAUUCGGCGGAAAGUAAUAAUAACUCAAUCGAAAAUGACAGUGAAAAUGAUGAUGAAGAUACCGAGGACAAAGAUGUUAAGCAACAAAAGAAUGAAGAAAAACAAAGAAAAAUAGAGGAAAAACAAGCAAAGGCUCAACGCAAAGAGGAAGCAAAGAAAGAAAAAGAAGAGCGAAAACGUCUUGAAAGACUUGAAAAAGAAAAACGUAAAGAAGAAGAAAAGCAAAAUAAGGAAGAUCGAAAGAAGCAGGAAAAACAACGUAAGGAGCUUAAAAAAUUAGAGAGAGAGGCAUUACAAGGUAAGCCUGUGGACAAUGAUUUCCUAGAGACCGAGGAAGAAAAUUCUGUAGAGCUCAGUGAUAUCUGGAAAGAGCACAUCUACGUCAAGUAUGGUUUGAACCUAACAAGUACAAAAUUAGAAAAACAAGCUGCAUUGAAUAGGUACUUACAAGAAGAACUUAGUAUCGGUCAAAACAGUACCGAAAGAGAACGCUUGCAAGCCAUAGUACAGUUAAUUCAAACUAAAUUGCAAACUGAUCCCACUGCAAGAACUGCAUUGAAAAACCAACUUUUAAGUCACAUUAAUGCUGUAUCUAUUCAAAAGUUACGCGCAGGUAUUGAAAAAGAUCUUGAAGAGUUAAAUAAUAAAACAGAAAUGCUCAAUAACGUCAGUUUGCAUUGGGUUCCAGUAGCAAAACAGCAGAUAGAUGACAGAAGAUCAUUUCUUCAAACCAUAUCACAAUUUUUAUCAAAUAUUUUGCCAAAUUGGGUAACUGGUGGGCAAAAUGUACAAAAUACAAAUAAUGUUCCUAGUCUUUCUGGUGUCAUUGUACCUCAGAAUGCUAUUUCAAAUGGGCCUAAUGUUGUCUCCGAAAAUAAUAUGAAUUCAGUUUCCGGAAGUCAUGCGGCCACUGGAAACCUAAACGUGGUAGAAAAUAAUAAUAAUGUAAAUGCCGAACCAUCAACCAGUAACUUAGCUGAUUCUGGAAUUAAUAACGGUGCCUCGGAAGACGAUAAAAACAUGCCAGGCGCAGUAACCUCAAAUUAUAAUGAAGCUCCUUCAAAAAAUAAUGGUGCAACUUCAGUUAGCGGUGACAUUAUAUCUACAACUGGAAUCAGUAACGCUGCAUCUGUAAUUAAUAGUGCUGUUCUUCCGGAAAAUAAUAAUGAUCUCUCAGGUAACAAUAACAAUGUAAUCAUAAGUGCUCCCGAAACUACUGGAAAUCCUAGUGUAUCUUCUACAUAUGAAAAUGUAAGUGAUGUCCAAUUGACAAAUACUAAUGUUAUUUAUCCUGGAAACGUUGCAUCGGGAAAUAUAGGUGACAAUGUAUCAAUAGGAGCUAAUUUCGAAAACAGUGCCUCAAGUUUAGCUGAUGAUGUAAACAGUGUACAAACUAUCCCGAGUGGAUCUGCUAGCCCUAGUGUCCAAGCAAGCCCUAGUGAAACAGUGAGCCCCAGCGAAGUAGCUAGCCAGAGUGAACCAUCUAACCCGAGUGAUUCUGCUAGCCCUAGCGAAGUAGCUAGCACGAAUGAAUCAGCCAGCUCAAGUCAAUCAGCUUACCCUAGUGAGACAGUGAGCCCUAGUGAAUCAGCUAGCUCUAGUAAACCAGCGAGCUCUAUUGAACCAGCGAGCCUUAAUGAACCAGCUAGUCCUAGUGAAACAGUUAGCCCCAGCGAAGUAGCUAGCCCAAGCGAAACAGCUAGCCAAAGUGAAUCAGCUAGCUCUAGUGUCUCAGUGAGCCCUGGUGAACCAGCGAGCUCUAGUGAACCAACGAGUUCUAAUGAACCAGCUAGUCCUAGUGGAACAGGUAGCCCUAGUGAUGGAGCCAGCUCAAGCAAUUCAACUAGCCCUAAUGAAAUAGCUAGCUCUAGUGUCCUCGCAAACCCUAGUGAUCUGGCAAGUUCUGGUGAACCAGCGAGCCCAAAUGAACCAGCGAGCCCAAAUGAACCAGCGAGCCCAAAUGAAACAGCUAGUCCUAGUGAACCAGGUAGCCCCAGCGAAUUGGUCAGCCCAAGCGAACCAGCUAGCCCUAGUGAAUCAGCUAGCUCUGGUGUUCCAGCAAACCCUAGUGAACCAGCGAGCCCAAAUGAACCAGCGAGCCCAAAUGGACCAGCUAGUCCUAGUGAACCAGGUAGCCCCAGCGAAGUAGCUAGCCCAAGCGAACCAGCUAGCCUUAGUGAAUCAGCUAGCUCUGGUGUCCCUGCAAACCCUAGUGAACCAGCUAGCUCUAGUGAACCAGCGAGCUCUAGUGAACCAGCAAGCCUUAAUGAACCAGCUAGUCCUAGUGAAAAAGUUAGCCCCAGCGAAGUAGCUAGCCCAAGCGAACCAGCUAGCCCUAAUGAAAUAACUAGCUCUAGUGUCCUCGCAAACCCUAGUAAUCCAGCAAGUUCUGGUGAACCAGCGAGCCCAAAUGAACCAGCUAGUCCUAGUGAACCAGGUAGCCCCAGCGAAGUAGCUAGCCCAAGCGAACCAGCUAGCCCUAGUGAAUCAGCUAGCUCUGGUGUCCCUGCAAACCCUAGUGAACCAGCUAGCUCUAGUGAACCAGCGAGCUCUAGUGAACCAGCAAGCCUUAAUGAACCAGCUAAUCCUAGUGAAACAGUUAGCCCCAGCGAAGUAGCUAGCCCAAGCGAACCAGCUAGCCCUAGUGAAUCAGCUAGCUCUAGUGUCUCAGUGAGCCCUGGUGAACCAGCGGGCUCUAGCGAACCAACGAGCUCUAAUGAACCGGCUAGUCCUAGUGAAACAGGUAGCCCUAGUGAUGGAGCCAGCUCAAGCAAUCCAAACAGCCCUAAUGAAAUAGCUAGCUCUAGUGUCCUCGCAAACCCUAGUGAUCCGGCAAGUUCUGGUGAACCAGCGAGCCCAAAUGAACCAGCUAGUCCUAGUGAACCAGGUAGCUCUGGUGUCCCAACAAACCAAAAUGAACCAACGAGCUCUAAUGAACCAGCAAGUCCUAGUGAACAAGGUAGCCCUGGCGAAGUAGCUAGCUCCAUUCAAUUAGCUAUUCCUAAUGAAUCAUCUAGUGAUCAAGCGGGCCCAAGUGAUCCAGCAGCUUCUAGUGAACCAGCAAGUCCUAGCACCGUAGCCGCCGCCGUAUCAAGUGAACAAGCUAGCCCUAAUGAAUCAGCUAGUCUUAACGAACCAGCAAGCCCUAGUGAAGCAGUGAGCCCUAGUGAACCAGCGAGCUCUAGUGGGCUAGUUACUCCCAGUGAAACCUUAUCUUCUGGAACAACUGAUGCUUUGGGAGGAGAUAGUGGUGAUAUUGUUUCCUCAAGUGCAAUUGACACUACUUCAAAUAAAAGCGCUGAUGUUUCUAUUGCAAUUCCCGAUACGAUAACACCUAUAGUACCUGAUGUAGUAUCUCCAGAAGUAAAUGAUGUUACCUCAAUAAACAAUGGGGAAAAUCCAACAUUAAAUGUUGCUGAAGAAAACCCACUCUCGAGUACAGAUUCUCCGUUAGGACAUGAAAUUACCUCAGAUAAUGGUGGCAGCGUGAUUCAACCUACUGCAAAUGAUAGUACCAUCGAGACGAAUAUCGAUGUGGUCUCUUCUGUAGGAGGUGAAGCUACCGCUGUUAACGAUACUAAAGUUUCCUCUGAGAAUAACAUUAAUAAUUCUCUUUUUAUAACCCCGGAUGUCACUUCUCCUGGUGAUACAGCCUCGACAAAUAAUAUCAACGUCACUGACAUUGUCGUUAUUCCGACUGAUAGCAUGAUCGUAUCUCAAGGAAAUGAAGUUAUAGAUGAUAAAGUCAACGUUGUUUCACCGAGUAUAACUGAUGCGCAACUCAAUAAAAUCCCUGUAGUGGUUACAUCUGAUGGCAAUGAAAGUACCUCUAUUGAUAGCUCUAUAUUGCCCAUCACGAGUGUUGGUCAAGAUUCUCCGCUUGUAAACUCUGAUGCCGUCUCAAUUGGGAGCAGUGAUAACACUGCAGUAAACAAUGCCAGUAGUCCAUCUUCAAGCGUUGUUGGUGAUGUUAUAGCUCCGAGCUCAAAUGUUGUCUCUUCCGAAGGUAAAGAAGUUACAACUGAUCACAGUGUAAACGCUGCGUCAACUAGUGUAACUGAUAAUGCCUCAGAUGCAAGCAGCGUUGAUGUUGUAUCCUCAAGUGUAACUGAAAGUUCCUCCUCCGUAAGUACAGAUCUUGUUUCUGCCACUACUGGUGACGCAAUUACUGUAAAUGAUGAUGGGUUUGUAUCGUCAACUGUGCCAGAUAACAUCGGAGGUGGAGAAGCUGUAAACUCUGUCAAUGUUGGAAUAGAUACCGUAGAGGUACACCUCAAUAAUGAUACAACUGGAUCUGAUAUUGCUGGUUCUUCGAUUGGAAUUAGUGAUAUUACCCUCGAAAAUAGCAACCACUCUGAAGCUCCACUUGAAGGUUCACCUGUUACUGCCUCAGAUACAAACACUAAUGCUGACCCAAAUGCGGAGACCACAAGUGCACCGGAAAUAAUAAAUUCAGUUCAAACAUCUAAUGUAUUUGAACAACCCGCUCAACCAGCUUCUAUCGUAACUCAAAACCCUCUUGACAAUGUCGUAGAAAAUGAAAGAGUUUCAACAGUCAGUGAUGCAAAUUCGUUUUCAACUACGGUCGAUGAAACAACAGCACCUAUUGAAGAAUCUCUGAUACAGACGAGUGAAAGUUCAAUAAUUAAUACAGUGUCACCCGUAGAAUUGCCAACACCUUUAGCUGUUGUUGAAGGUAUUACGAUACCGGAUGAACUUGGUGCUUCAGUAGUUGAAAUAUUACCACAAUAACAAUUGAGCAAUCAAAUAAAAACCAAAAACAAUCCAAGCAAAAUGUAUGAUGAAUGUAAAAAUAUUUGUAAAUCUAUGGCUGUAAGAAAUUAAUUUCUAUUUAUAACAAGAAUAAUAUGUACAUUUUUGCAUUUUUACCAAAUAAAGCAAUUAAUUCAA